AUGUCCGAGGCCGCGCCCGCCGAGAAGACGCCCGUGAAGAAGAAGGCCCGCAAGUCCGCAGGCACCGCCAAGCGCAAGGCUUCCGGGCCGCCGGUGUCCGAGCUCAUCACCAAGGCCGUGGCCGCCUCCAAGGAGCGCAGCGGCGUGUCCCUGGCCGCGCUCAAGAAGGCGCUGGCGGCCGCCGGCUACGACGUGGAGAAGAACAACAGCCGCAUCAAGCUGGGCCUCAAGAGCCUGGUGAGCAAGGGCACCCUGGUGCAGACCAAGGGCACCGGCGCCUCGGGCUCGUUCAAGCUCAACAAGAAGGCGGCGUCCGGGGAGGCCAAGCCCAAAGCCAAGAAGGCGGGCGCGGCCAAGCCCAAGAAGGCUGCCGGGGCGGCCAAGAAAGCCAAGAAGGCCGCGGGGGCCGGCACCCCCAAGAAGAGCUCCAAGAAGACCCCGAAGAAGGCGAAGAAGCCCGCGGCGGCGGCGGCGGCCAAGAAAGUGGCCAAGAGCCCGAAGAAGGUGAAAGCUACCAAGAGCCCCGCCAAGGUCAAGGCUCCGAAGCCCAAGGCAGCCAAGCCCAAGAAGGGGCCCACAGGAACUCAGAAGUUGGGCUGA